UAAGUGACUCAUUGCCGCAGCGCCCUCCGAGCAGUGUACAAUUUUUUGCAGCCCCAGUUGGGCCAUGCGUAGGUGGCCAGAUUAGCAGUCUCUAACUCAGGAAUUUGAGACACUGGUAAAGUUCUUGCAACGUUAGAGAAGAUGGCGGGUUUUUGUGUGCAGGCGCGAGCAGUUUUAGCUGCUGAGAAGAGCUCAUAUGUUGUAGGGUCGACCCGCGGGUGCUCCAGCUCAGGCUCAAGCCCUGCUUCGAACGCUGGCAUUAGAUGGGCCCCCAAAACACCCGGUGGUAUGCAGAAGAUGAUGGCGGAGAGGAAGGGUCACUUGGGAACGAGGGUCGUUUUGGUAGAGACUGCCGCCGUCGUUACGAAGCAGAGAGCCACAGGGCUAGUGGUUGAGGCGGCGAAGCGAAUAUCAACGGGAAGAAGCUACGCAUUGAGCUCCACAUUGAAGAUCGAGGCGGGAAAAGAAGAAGAGGCUACUGCUUUGUGCAAGAGCAUUGUGGAGUGGGCCCUUGAGAAGAUGAAUGACAGAAGAUCUGGGAUUCAAGGCUUUGAGUGCAACGUCGAUGCCUUCGACAAGAAUACUUUUCAUUUUUGGGAGAUCUAUGAAAGCUUCGUCGCCAUGAAUGAUAUCCGCGCCUCGCCCGAGCACACCAAAUUUGUGAUGGAUGUGAGGCCUUUGCUGACGGAUCCUAUUGCUCUCGCUGCUUAUGAAUACAAGGAUGGUCAAAUUGGUCACAUGAUGAAUCCUAUUGGACCGAAAGGAGAAGGAGGCCUUGACGAUGCAACGGGGCAAGCUGGUACAAAGCAGCAGUCAAACGUUAUUAAUCAAGGAUUAGGAGUAACCGAAGAAAGAGAAACCUUUGAUCUUGAUUCCAUGUUGGGUAAGAUGACUUUGAAGAGCAAGUCUGGCAAGGCUGAAGAAAGCAAACAAGAAGCGUGGAGCUUCAAGUCCCUCUUUGGUGGCAAGAAGUGAAGAAAUACAUGUUUUCUCAAUUCAAUGCCAAUAUUGUGGGACAUGAUCAACAGUGCAGGUCAAUGUGUAUUGCAUGGUUACGAUUUUGUUUUUAUCCUGCACACUUUGACCUGCCAGGAUAUGGAUGUCUCACUUGGAAAAAGGUACAUUGCUGCAUGCGUUUUUAGAAGGUAGAGGUCUCAUAGGAUGUAGCAAACGUAGAUUAGAUCACCUGUUCACAGCCUGGUUCUGAUGUGGUUGUUGUCAUAUAGAUACAUGUUGAGUAGCAAGCGCAUGCUUGUACAUGAAAAUUUUGUUAAAGAUAAUGGCACUGCGGUUUUGUCUACUUCUCAAUUUGAGAGACAA